GAAUAAUCUUCUGGGUGACCAUUCACUUAUUCAGGACUUGUUUUCCCGCCUUUUGGUCUGAGUCUUUCAUGAGAAUGAUGCAACAUCUUGGAAUGCAGUUGCAAGCAACAGAGUCAACUACUUCACAGCACUCUUUUAUUGCACACUCCACCUGUUCCCCUGGGACACGCUCAUUGUCCUGAGGCAAUAGACAGUCAAUUUAGCAUGAAGUAAUUGAAGCCUCUUCAUUGUACUGUCUGCGUUCCUGAUUGGCCAGCAAGUGUGUGAAACUCCUGUCAAACUGAGACCCACACGGGUUUACAGUGUGAUGAGUGUAUAAAUACAGAAGCCCUGUCGAGAUGGACAAACCACAGUUCUAACAUCCGACGACUAUCUACCAAGAACAAACAACUGACCGACAGCAAUGGCUCCUGUCAAUAUUUGCGACAUGGUGAUGACCACGAAAGAUAAAAUCAAACUUAGAAAACCAGUGGUGGAAAAGAUGCGCCGAGACCGCAUUAACAGCAGCAUCGAACAGCUCAAGACACUCCUCAAAACCGAACUUCAAGCACACCAACCCAACUCGAAACUGGAAAAGGCUGACAUUCUCGAGACAGCUGUGGUUUACCUGAAAGACAACAGCAUGUGCCCUGCUGCUUUAUUCAACGUAGCGUCACCUGUCCAAAGCUACGCGGAGGGAUUCACCCGUUGCCUGGAGGAGACGCUGCGCUUCCUCUCAGCGAAAAACCAGCCGACUGGCUCACAACAGAAGCUUCUCAACCACUUCCAUCGCGCUCAGAAACUCGGUGAUAGAGUCGUGCUGAGUCCAAACCGCGCAACGGUCCCUCACAACAACAGCACUCCGAAACGUGUCACCCCAGGUGGAAGAGGGUCCAUGUGGAGACCCUGGUGAUGCUCAUAGCCUAUUUGGAGACUUUCAGUAAUGAAACUUUCGAUGUCAAAACCAGAUCAUGUUUUGGUCUAGCACGACCCUGUAUGCUCUCUUCUUGUUGGAAAUUAUUCUUCCUUAUACAAUUUUAUCUUUUGUUCGUAAAAUAUAAAAUGAUUGUUAUUCUUCUGUGUAGAAUAUCCUCUAUUGUGCAUGUAUUAUGAACUUUACAAUUGCAAAGUAAAAUGUUUUUACAUAUUGUAAAAUAUAUUAUAAUAAUAUAUUGGUGUAUCUAUUUCUGGGAAAAUACCUCAGCCCUAUUGUUGCUGAAUUGUCAUUUGUCCUGAAACAAACUGUGAUUGGAACAUUGUCUAUCACAUUGAUGUGGCAAUAUUCCCAAUAAAUAAAUGAAAUUACAAUUUA